UUACGACCUUCGUAUUGAUCACUAUUUUUCUCUACUAGUGAAAUGCGCAAGUCCUAUAAGUUUUAUAAACGAAGCAGUGUAUAGAAUUAUCAAGCGACAUUGAUGUUAGGAUAAGUAUUAUCAGCUGUAACCACCUGUGUAAAACUGUAGUUUAUUGAGCAUGAAAUCAAAGUCAUUAUGCUACAACAUAAUUUGCAUUGCUAUUGUCUUAUCAAUAACUACUUCUUCUUCUAGUGAAUUUGAGUUUUAUCAAGAUGUCAUGGCAGAAGGACGAGAUUUUCGUAAUAGGGUGAAACUUUUGGAGUCAGAUAGGCAGCAGGAAGAAUUCCAACAACUCCAAAAUGUUGUACAUAAGUCUCCAUUCGUUGAAGAAGAUAUUUCAGAGGAGCAGUUGAAAAACAAUAACGAUUAUAUUUCUAGAUUACUAUCAAAGAUUCCUCAAGUUUCAAAAGGACGACGAAUAAUUCAAAAAAAAAAAAAGUAUUUUCCUCAGCAUUCGAAAAACAAUAAUAUUUUGGAUUUUCUCUGGUCAAUAGAAAAUUUGUAUGUUGAUUAUAAGUCUCCACUGUUAACUUCUGAUUAUUCAAAAAUUACACUUCCCCGUUCUCCAAUAAAAAAUCAAAAAAUUUCUCAUUCAAAUGAUAUUAUGAUAAAAAAAAAUAAUUAUGAUUAUGGAAAUACCAGACUUCCAGAAUCGGAAAAUUUUGACACAAAAAUUAUUACUCUUCCACUUAAAAAAUUACCUAUGUAUCAUAUUUUUAAAACACAAAUGAAUCGUAAUCCAAAAAUUCACAUGAAUGAAGAUAAGUUUGAAUUCACAUAUAAUUUUCAUGGUCUUAAAAUGAAUCUCGUUGAUACAGCGUUCGCUAUUACACCAAAUGAUCCACGUUAUAACGAAGAUGGAAAUAUUACAGAUGAUUUUGGAAAAUAUGUGAAUUCCAAUCAUGACUCUAGUAAUAGCGAAGAACAACAUACGAUAAAUAAAAAAAUAUUAAGUUCGAAUAAACUAAAUUAUUUUCGUAUUCCUGACGAAGAUAUUAUAUCAAACAGUGAAUUUAUAAGCUACAAUAUGUUAGUACCCGGAAGUCAGAAGCAAAUAGAUGACGUUCCUAUUCUUAUUUCUUCAAAUAAAAUCAUCGAUGAUGUGUAUUCAAUUGGUAUCAUUUCGGGUUGCAGUGCAGCAAUAAUGUUUGUCUUAGUUUUCAUCAGUCUUACUUGGUACAGAUAUCAACGUAGGGCAAAAGCAACUGCAAACAUCGAAUAUCCAGCUUAUGGAGUGACAGGACCUAAUAAAGAUGUGUCACCUUCUGAAGAUCAGAGAUUAGCACAAUCUGCUCAAAUGUAUCAUUUUCAACACCAAAAACAGCAGAUAAUUGCUUUAGAGAAAACAACUGCAGUGCGAGAUCCAGGAUCAGUAUCUGAAGCCGGCAGUGAUGAAGAAAACGACGAAGGAGACUACACUGUUUAUGAAUGUCCUGGUCUAGCACCCGCUGGUGAAAUCGAAGUGAAGAAUCCUCUUUUCUUUGAAGAUCCUCUCCAUGCACCAUCCCAUUCAAAUCGCAAACAAGAAGAGCAAACUCUAUCGAGGAAUUAAAAUAAUUUCUCGUGAAAAGUAAUAUCGAAUAUA